AUGAAUAAUAACUAUUUCUCAUCAUCUUUCGAAGAUCAAGUACCAUCCUAUAAUUAUUCAUUUGAAUAUUCAUCACCAUCAACAACUACAUAUGGUUACUCAUCAUUUUUACCACCAUCGGGACCACAUUGUCCAUUUCAUACACCACAUACGUUCUAUUCACCUGUAUUACCAUCAACGAAUUAUUCACCUGCUUCAUAUACUUAUCAACAACAAUCGCAAGUAGAAUCUCCUAAUAUUCAGCAAGAUCGUACACCACUUCGUCGACAUCAAUGUUUUAAAAAGAAUGAACUUCAAAUACUGCAUCAAGCUUAUAUUCGAGAUGCUCAUCCAUCAAUUGAUAUUCUUCGACAAUUAGCUGUACAAUUAAAAGUUUCUAUUGAUAAAAUUCGACAAUGGUUCAAAAAUCGACGUCAUAGUGACAAACAAAUUCGACGAGAAACUUCAACAACACAACCUUCAAAAAUUAUAUAA